GUAGGACCCCUGUUACACCUAUAAUACCUUAUUGAGCUGCAGAGUAUCUUUACAUGUUUCAUUCAUUUUGUGAUAGGUUUCUUUUUUCUUUACACAGGUAUACUUGGGUCUUUCUGCUGCAACCAUCUGGACCUUGAGAUGUCCAAGAGCAUUUUCUGUGUGCUAAGGCAAAGGCUUUGCUGCAAGGGCUUUGGCUACAGAUUCACAUUCUCUGCUAACACUUUAGUCCAAAGACCUGAUGAACCAUGGCAACGGUUAUCCUUCAUUAGGGCCAAUUCGUCACGCUCUAGGAGCAACAUCAUGCGUGACAAAAAGAGAGCCAUACAGACAAAUGUACUGGAGGUCAUCUAUGGUGGGAGAGAUAAUAUUCCAGAGGAAGUGGCAAGGAAAGAAUUAGCUCAACCAAUAGAGGAAGAAGACCUGAGUGAAGAUGAAGAACCUGGCCUUGGAUUAAAAGGUUCAGAGAUUAAGCAAAGAGCCUUUUUGAAGGAAUCCAAGGGGUAUGAAAGAUCAUCUCUUGAUUUGAUUAAUGCACUUUGUUUAGAAUCUGAGUCAAGUACCAAAGACGCUGUCCAUGAUUUUCUAACAGCAUUAGCUGAGGGAAGUACUAGGCAAAGGGAUGUCGUAAAAGAUAUUAAGUGUCUUUGUGAACUGCCACAUAGUCAAAGAUUGUUGAUAAUGGAAUUGAUGAAAACUGAAAAACUUGGAGAGUUUUUAUGCAGAGCCAUGCCAAGUAUGGAAACAGACACCUUUGUACAAUCCUUGUUGAUUUUCUACUGGUGGGAAUUAAGGUUAAGUGCGUCACAGAACAAAGUCAUAGAGAAGGAGUGUCUUCAAAGGAUAUCGUCAUGGGACGUUGAUACCCUGCUGCUGGUGACCGACUGGUGGAUCUGCAUGGCAGGUGCAAGUUCCUGGUCCUUUCACAAUGAGAUGUUAUCAGUUUUGAGGACAUCCUGGACAAAGCUGUCUGCCCAGCAGAUGGUGCAAGCAUUCUACCUGUGUGGACAAUUCAAGAGACCUGCUCAACAGCUAAUGGACAAACUUGUCCUCCUUGCAGAGGGUUUUGUGGAUGAACUGUCCCUGACAGAAAUUGCAGCAAUCUGCAAUGGUAUGGUCAAGGUAGCUUGUCGGCUGCCACGCAAUAGCAUCUUACCAGAUGUCAUUUCUUCAGCAUUAUCCAAAGACAUCCAACUUGAGUCGGAUAUAGAGAAGUACAAUGUUGUUACAAUUAUGAGGUUCCUUGGACGUUCCUACCAUUACAAUGCAGACUUGUAUAGCAAACUCUCUGUUAGUCUUGUUCCUUACAUAUCAGAUAUGCAUUAUCUCGCAUUACCUCACAUAUUAGGGGUUUUUGCAAGGGCAGCCUUUCUCAGCAAGCCUCUAUUUCUAGAAGUGUUGAGAUGCUUUGAUCAUUCCAAGGCUAACCUUAAAGACUAUUACCUAACGCUCUGGUCAUUUUGCAAACUGAAUUAUACCCCGGAUGAAUUCAAUCGAUUUCGAGAAGUGGCCAUUGCAAGAAUACAAGAAAAGAAAGAAUGGAUGAAUGAUAGUCCAUUUCUGUCUGUCAAAACACUUGUGCCUCUCACCUUUGUUGGGAUAUAUCCAGUGGAACUCAUCCAAAGGAUAUUUAGCCCUCUUUAUCUCAAGAAAAUCAUAGGUUGUUGCCCUCCUGAUGUCUACAAACACUUGUAUUGCCUAGAUUGUUCUGUAGCUAUAGAAUGCCCAGACUACACGGGACCAAGACUGCCAAAGAGUAUCCUUUCCCGUCACAACCUGGUACCCCAUGGUUCAUCUCAUGUCGUGAAAGAUGAAAGACAGUCUUACGCUGAAAUCAUUCCCAUCCUGGCUAGAGUGCUCGGAAGUGAAGAUGCUUUCUUGGUUCAUCCUAUCUUGGAUCACAUCCGCACACCUGUUGAUAUUGAGAUCCACCUGGAUGAGAACAAUCGACCCAUCAAUCUCCGUGAUAAGAAGAAAAGCACCGAGGGCUCCAUUACCAAGCUAGCUGUAUUGGUAACCUUGGUGAAUCACUACCGUAAGAACUCCUCAGAGCUCCUUGGUGUUCAUGUCAUGAAGAGAAGACAAUUGAAGAUUACUGGUUACCAUUUAGUUGAGAUCCCUUUCGACGAGUGGCACAAGGUCAGGGGCCGGAAUAUAGGAGAAAAGCAAAAGUAUUUGGCACACAAGAUUUUCAAUAGGUAGUCUCUACGCUCCAUUCGUAGACAGUGUGCUCAUCACCAGAAUGUGGA